GUGCUUCAACGAACGUGAACGAUGUCCGGCCCGAUGCCUUUUAUCGAGCCAUCUUUCCCUUAACAGCUGAAAGGGUCAGGGUACUUUCGGUUUGUACUCCCACCUUGUAGCGCAUCUUUCAACGUAGUGGCCGAGGGAAAAGAUGCCCACCACAAUUCUCACCGUUGAUGCUAUAUUAUUCGACAUGGAUGGGACACUAGUCGACUCAACUGCAGGUGUCGUCGGAGCAUGGGAGACUUUUGCGGAGUCGUACCCUGGCCUAGACAUCCAUGCAAUCCUCAGCACUUCGCAUGGUGUUAGAACCGUCGAAAAUCUGAAGAAACACUGUGGAAUUCAAGAUGACGCAGAACUUGAAAAAGAAGCUAUGCGAUUUGAACAGGCUAUCAUCGACUCCUCUACAAAAAAUGGACGCAAAGGAAUUACCCUACUCUCUGGCGUACGCCCCAUCAUGGACGAAUUGCUUCCGGGGAAAAACUACCCUAAGCCCUGUUGGGCUAUAUGUACCUCCGCCACGCGAAACUAUGCAUCUUCAGCCUUAAGAGUAGCGGGCAUAGCGAUUCCAGACGUCUUUGUCGUUGCUGAAGACGUUAAACAGGGAAAACCAAAACCUGAUCCUUAUCUACUAGGGGCACAGAAAUGUGGCGUCGAUCCUGAAAAAUGUCUAGUAAUCGAAGAUGCUCCUGCUGGUGUCCGCAGUGGCCAAGCUGCAGGGUGUAAGACCUUGGGUCUUAUCACCACGCAUACUAAAGCCCAGAUGGAAGGUUGCAAUCCCGACUUUCUGGUCAACAAUCUGUCAAGUGUGUCAAUGAAGAUGACAACCAAUGGGAUCGAGGUGACGAUCAACAUAGAUUAGAUCAAUUCCGAUCAGCAAUAGAGGGAUCUCAACUAUCAUUCUUAAACACAAUUGACGCACAGAAGAACCAAUACCUGAUUCGAUAGAAGAUGUAGAAGUCAUAGUCGAUAAU